AUGCGCAGUAGCUUAAUGCCACAACCAGAAUCCAAUAUGGCGACGGCUUCCAUUCUUUGCGAGUCUUGGGCCGCCGUGUAAAGAACCGCAGUUUACUAGCACGUUAAUCAUCUUGUAUGAUCUAGAUAUUCACACACGGUCAAGCACAACCACAGCGUUAUGCUCCAAUCGAAGAAGUUCCCACGAGUACAGUGAAUUUGUAGCAAAAUUAUGUGAAUCGGGAUGCGUACGUAUUUGUAGUACACGAUACCCCUUUGCCUGUGUAUGAAAGUCCUGGCGCCACGUUGUGAAAGCAUUGGUUGAAGAGAGGCACAGUUAAACGAAGUCAACGAGAGUAUUUCAUGGAUUGUCAUGAUACAAGGAAAGCCGAAUCACUGUGAGCAAGAAAAUGGCCCGGUCGCCGUACCGAUACCAAAAGGUUGGAGUCGAAUUCUCGAGAAUGGUUGCAUCGUCUACAUCAGCCCAAGUAAUAGUCAGCUCCGGUCUCUCGACCAUGUCAUUGAGUAUUUAAAGAAAGAUGGGACUUGUAAAUGUGGACUUGAGUGCCCACUUUAUGUUCACCAUGCAUUCAACUUUGACACACGAGUGCCAAGCAAGUGUGUUCCUGAGGGGCAACAGGAAGAGUCGAGAUCAGCUUCUUGCAAGCUCUGUAAACAUUUCUCUCAGAACAUGGAAAAGCAGGCUCUGGUGCUGGAGCCAAGGCAGCAGUCGAAAGCAAAACAGUCGCUCAGUAAAGGAGCUAGACAAUCCACUGUUAAUGAAAAAGGCUCAAAUCAACCUGGUAUAAAAGCAGAAACAAGCAAGCCCAAAAGAGCUGGCACCUUCAGAACUAGAAGGACGUCAUCCAGCUCUUUAACAGACAUACCAAGUCCGCCACUACAGACGACAAUAAGCAGUCCAGUACAAAAUGUGCCUAACAAUCUGGGUACGUCAAACCAAGGACCACUUCCUAGCUUUGCUAGUAUUGUUAGUAGCUCAAAAUUUUUUAACCCUGGGCCCCACAGAGGGCCUCUGCAACCACCAACAAGCAUGCUGCCAUCUACGUCUCUGCUAUCUGCAAUUACCGCCACUACAGUUGCAGUAACAGCAACAUCCCUCAAAAGAACGUUUGACUUUGCUAAAACAGCAAGUGUAUCAGCCUCCCCUGUGCCUAUCUCUUAUUUACAGACUGUUAGCAAAGCACUUGUGACAUCCACUGAAAAUUCAACAAGUAAAAGGACUAAAAGUUUGAGUAGUGCUUCUAGCUCUGCUGCUUCUUUGGCUACAACUGCAUUUUCAACAUGCAGUAGCUCGGGUAGUACUUUUAUUGCCGCCCACCAACUCAAGAGUGGUAAUUCAGGGACAAAAAAGACAAUAAAUAUGCUUAAUCCUGGUAUGGCACCUAACUCAGCCCUCUCAAGGCCAAAAGCAGCUUCAAAGCCAAGAGCCAGAGCUAAGCCAAAAGCAGCACCCAAGGCCAAAUCAAAAGCAGCCCCUCUUGUCAACUCUGGUUUGUCUGUUGGGUUACUGGGUGCUGGUAACAUAACAAUCCCUCAAGUAUCCAGUAGUAGCUGGCCAGCCCAAACACCAUCUGUGCUAGGAGUGACAAGCCCCUCAACAACAACCUACACCAGCACUGCAGCUGUUUAUCCAACUGCUGUAUCCAGUUUGGUUUCUGUGGCUUCAUCAACACACAUGAUCCAGCCUUCUCAAGCAAAGACAAUUCAAACAGCUUCAAAAACACCUCCUGUUUGGGUACCGCUGAGCCAACUGAACUACCAAAUCCCUCCGCAAGGCAAUACAGCAGCUUCAGUGACACCUGGUUGUAAAGUGGUCAUGUCGACCUUAUCUUCAUCACAGUCACAGAAUCCAGUCACAACAAGUACAUCAGUAGCCACCACAAGUGCCUCUUUACCACAUUCCAAAAUUGGAAAAACAACAACACAUCCAGUUGCAGCCACACAAGGAGUGGUCUAUGUUGAUGCUUCCCAAGCUUCAAAAUCCACCAGUCUCCAACAUGCGGUGACCUCACAAGCACAGAAGAAUCCAUCAUCACUGGUCAGUGCUAAUGCUGGGUGUACGAGCAACUCAACAACACAGCCUGCAGUAUCUGCUGUCACAUCCCCAGCAAGUCAGGCCCAAGGAAAGAUGAAUAUGCAAAUACCAGCAAUGUAUGCAGCCAGUCCUGUUCUUCCAAUAAGUACCCAGAAUCUAAAUAUGGGUCAGUACAAAGGAGGUGCAUACCACUUGCAAGGUGCUGCAAUGUACCCUGGUACAGGGAUGGUGGCUAACCCCAUGGCAUUUAUAGCUCAACCUUCUAAAACCUCAUUUGCCAAUGUUCCCAGUCCAGCAACCCAGAUGAGCUACCCAAACCCGUAUAUGCUUGGUAUUGUAAUGCCAACCACCAAUGUACAACAGCAGUCAACCUCUUCACACACAUCUUCCACCUCAACCACUACAGCUGCUGCAGUGAUGCCAUUGACCAUGAUGCAGCAGCAGAAUCUUUCGAACUCUGCUGUGGCAGCUGCUUAUGAGUCCUUUGUCCCAAUAGCACCUGCUUCAGGCGGCUCCACUCCACGUUUUUCACACACUCUAGCUCAUCUGGCAAGUGCAUACAAUCCAUUUGCAGCCCAUGGGAUGGUACCCAACCUGCAGUUUACUUACCGGAUGAUGCAGAUGAGCGCCUAUGCAGGCAACCUGCAGCCAACAACCAUAGUGACGCCCACAGUACCCACAACUGAAUUGGGUGGUACUAAUCACCUGCCGAACUUAACCAAGGCAGCAGCAACUUCUGAAACUAUUAAAAGCCAAGCUUCAAGUCUUAAGGGUCAGUCUUCAGAAUCGCUAAAAACUAGUCAUGGAACUGAAACAUCAACAGUCACAACCCAAUCAGCUGUAUCAACUUCAUCUUCUGGUGUUUUAACUUCUGUGGUUAGUACAGCAAAUUGUGUGACUGCAGUCGGACAUCCCAUUGAGAGGACACCUUCAUUGGACAAUGUCUCAGAGGUAGAUAGUAAAAAAUCAGCCAGAAAUUUGAAUACACCAGUAAUGGGAAACUGCCAUCCAAAGCCAGGCAAUGUGGAGCAAUCUCAGUCUAGCAGUGGACCCAUAGUUCCAACAUCUACAGAUAUAAGUUUACUUUCUACUCCUAGUAUCCAGACUACAACUGACCCAUCCAUACAAAGGGAUGCCCCUCCAGUCACAGGUGAAGGUAGAGUCACUAGGAAGGCAUCAAGUAGUAGUGAAAAGACUGCAGCACAGAAUGAUGGAAGUGAUCAAACAGAUAUGCUGCCCUCUGCUGCACAAGAUCAAGCAAAGCAGCAAAUUAAAACUAAUAUAAAUGAGAAAAAGAGGGUUGCAGAUGACUCAAGCUACCCUCAGGAGACCAAAAGAACUAAACUUGUAACAAAUAGGCAGCAAUAUUAUGAAUCUAAUCCACUUCUGGGCAUGAAAAGAUCAUGUGAUGCUAUUGAAGUGUAUACUAGUGCUCCUGUUGAAAGCAGAGGAGCUCUGGAGGAUAAUGGUGACUAUUCCAGUUCUAAUGAGGACAUAGCUGAUCAGCAACUUGAUGAUGAUUUGCCUAUUGUUCUUGAAGACGAACCAGGGAAGACAUCUGAUUUGAGGGAUUUCAAGGGAGACCAAGACUUGUAUAAUGGAGGAGGGAACAAAAACCAUGAAUUUCUCCCCACCCACGGCAUGUCUACAUCAAGCAUGCCCCUCAAGCACCUUGCCACACCCUUGUAUGGUAUGUAUGGGGAUACCAAGCCAUAUUUUAGCACUGGAGAUGUGGUCUGGGCACAGGCUCGAGGUCUUCCAUCAUGGCCAGGGCAAAUUGUUGACGAAAGCACAGUUGGAAAGGGUCAUGCUGACGAGGGAAAAAAAUGGGUCAAGUGGUUUGGAGACCACACCUUCAGCCAAGUUGAAGUUGAAAAGCUCAAGACACUGAGUGAGGGCUUAAGAACUCUUGAUGACAAAGCACGCAAAAAGAAAUACAGGGCCAGAAAAGCAAGAAUAAGUCUUGAACAAGCAAUCAGUGAAGCGAUGAAGGAACUAGAAAUGCGCAAUGGGGUGGAGAUGACACAAGGAAAAAUGCCACAACUGCAUUGAAACCUCACAUUAGCAAAGCUAAAAUGAAUUUUGUACAGGUUUUUCUUUAUCAUAAUGUAACACCCUACAGCUUUUAGAUAGAGCAAACCCAUAGCCAGGGAAGGUCAAGGUAGUACAAAUACCACUACGGGACUUAAAGUCCAGUUAGGAUGAAAAGAAACUCCACUAAAUUGAUAAAUAAACCUACCUUACUCAAACUCUUGGCUAUGAGUCUGCUUAUUAGAUUCAUUCUUCCGAUAAAAUUGGAAGGCUGCCAAUGAGUGCAUUUCUCUUGAAAAGAAGAGGUAGAAUUUUUUAAUGUUGAUGGUCACAUUCAGAUAUUGAAUGUCUGAGCUUUGUUUGUAGUGAUGGUAAAUAUACUCGGUUACUUGUACCAAAAAAGUAAAGGUUACAACUGUAAUAUUUUUAAUAGUUCUUGAUAUCUUACUGUACAGUAAACAGAAGUAGGUUGAAUGAAAAAAAGACACCAUA